GGCGGGCGGGGGAGGAAGAGGAGGGAAAAGAGCGAGGAAGAGGCCUGGGGCGGGCAGCCCCCCGGGGUCGGGCCGCGCUGGCCGGAAUGCAACCCCUGGGGCAUCGGCUUCUCGCUGAUGAGACCGCUCCAGGGCUGCCGGGGACGGGACGUCGUCGUGGGGACCGUCACCCUCUGCCUGGCCGCCGGCUGGGCUCUGCAGUCUCCCGGAGGAGUAUCAUUAGUUGUCCCACAACCCAACAUCAACGCAACAGUGGCACAAAACAUCCUCCUCUCAGUUGAAUACUCUUGCAGAGGUGUCGCCACCAUUGAGUGGAAACACGUGUCAAGCUGGGGCACCACCAGAAUUGUGGAGUGGAGAAGUGGGAAUUAUGUCAACAUAUCCACAGUCUACAAGGACAGAGUGACUACUUUUGAAAAUGGUUCUAUACAACUUCUGAACGUGGGCAUGAGAGAUGCUGGCUACUAUUUUAUCACUGUAACGGAAGAGUAUGGAACCAACACCUAUGGCACCAUCAUAGUCAACGUUUACGAGAUUAUCUAUGAAGAUUUACAUUUUGUAGCAGUUCUCUUUGCCCUUCUUGCUGCAGUAUCUGCCAUUUUGAUCUGCUUCAUGUGGCUGUGUAAUAAAUCUCUGCAUCUAUUUCAGAAGACGACGACACACAAACUAACAGCAAGUACAACUGAAGAGAUUGAAUUGGAAACCACUGAGUGUUAGCCAAGGACUGUCUCAUAACAAAAAUAACAAUUCUACCUCAGGAGAAAGUAUUGGCAAAGAAAGUAAGAAGAAACCUAAAAGGUAAAAUGUUUGUAACUACUGUAGAAACAUCCUGACUUGCAAACUAAUUAGACAUUAAAUCAGUAGUGUCUGAUGGAGCUGUUUCGACCUGUUAAGCUUUUGGCUCUGCUAGCCAAGGUCAAAGUAAAAAAGAGUAUGCUUUCAUGCUGAGCACAAAUAUAUUUUUGUGGCUAUUAAUAAAAACUACAGCCUCUACCACUCUUGAAAGUAAGCAAGUAACCAAGCUCUAAGAUCAACCCAUAAAGGAAAUGAUCAUGGUCCUGAAGGACACCUGUAUUUUGGCUACAGCAAGUCUCCUAUUACAGACAGAGCAGCCAUUAACAUCCUUCAACAUAAUAAAUUUAAUGUCUAAUCACAGUAUUACAUUAAAAAAUUAAUUUUAAGGAUUGAAUCCUGUUUAUUGCACCUAUGCUGCUACUUUUGGGCAUAAGGAAUUUCCUGAAGCUCUGAAGACAAACUAAUUCAUAGGACAAAACUGACUUUGAAACAAUGCCGAGCUGGUCAAAGUUCCCCCACUUACAUUUCCAAUUCUUUACACUGCCCCAGGAUAUUAACACACAUUUUAUGACAUUACUAGAGAAGGUUGUUAAAACAAGGAACCAUGCACAGGCACUGAAGAGGACGCUGUCUAUAAUGAUUGGAGCGGUCCGAUAAAAUACUGACACAUCACACCAGUGGGGUGGCAAAAUACUGAACAGUUCACUGUGAAAGAUGUCAAGACCUCUGCAGACUUAGCCCACCGACGAAUAGCCUAUCUGGGAAGAAGUGUUAAAACAGCAUUACUUUGAAAUUGAGCAUUUACAAAUACAGUUCUGAAAUUGCUCUUGUUGAGACACGAACUUUGCUUUCCUAUGUUGUAAGAAAAUGAAGUGAUCUAUCUAAUGUUUUCUUGAAUCUAGAUAUUGCACUUAUACUUUCCACAUGCAGAUCUGCUGGGUAGAAUAACAUUUGCUUUAGUGAGUGAGAAAACAUUAAAGUGACCGAGCUUCAAA